GUUUUCACUCGAAUUCUAAAAUGGCUUUGGUAACGGAGUAUAUUUUGCGAGUUUUACCUGACUCGUAUUCAGUGUGGAUUGCAGUGAUCUUGUCCGUGGUAGUCGUGUUCUUCGCCAACUUUGUAAUCGGCUGUUUUGAACAACGGCGUCGUGCCGCAAGGUCAAUUGCUAAUGUUCCUGUUCCACCCGGCCAUUGGCUUAAAGGACACCUUGACUAUGUAAGUUAAUUUUGAAACAUUGGCGAGCACGGGUAUCCCAAACUCUUUGGGAGCCGUCAACGUAAACAAUAGCCAAACAUUUAUAAUGGUUUGUACAGAAAUGUAAGGAUUGUACCUGACAGUGCGAAAUAUGGGAAAGAAAUUAAAAUAAGGGCCGUUUCAGAGCGAUUCUGGCGAUGUUAAGAGGUAAACAGCGAGCCUUAAACUCGUUACAAUCGUUCUGGAACGAUCCCCAAAACGCCUUGGAAAAACAAGAAAUUGCACAGAUCAAAGACGCGAAGUAGAUCGCUGUUUGUUAAAUUCCUCUCGCAUAUUUCGUACUGUUACGUAAGAUCGCAAGCUCUUAUAUUUUCGCUUUUUACGCAAUGAAAUCAUGAAUGAGCUUGGGCUAUCUGUUUGGCAAGUUCCCCUCUCUCGCAAUGAGUGAAAUAAGUAGGUGUACGCACGCUCGCUCUUUUACACAGCCCUGUUACAAAAAGCUGUGUCACGAAAUAGCAAACUUCAAUCAUUGGGAAGACCUGUGAACUGUCAACAAACUAAUGAAGCAUAAAAAUAACCGCUCAAAACAUGAAAAGCAAAUACAAUAGGAGACAUGGAUGGACUAGCCUGCGAACAGCAGACGCAUUUCCGGUCGUCGCUUCUCUAGGGAGAUGCGACGACCGGAAAUGCGUCUGCUGUUCGCAGGCUAUGGAUGGACAAAUUUGAAGAAGACUGAAUCGGACUGAAACUGUGGUUUGAAAACUUGUCAUCCUAACUAUUUUUUCAAAGUUCAUUUUUGUUGUUUGCAACGUAUGAUAUAUUGCUUGGGAGACAUAUUUGUUUGCCACGAAGCUGUGAUUUGGGUCAUCAGAUGUUUGCAAGGUAUUUUAAAAACUUUACUAGUACUAGUAAAAAUAUUUUUAGCAAAAAACUUUAAAAGUGAAAGUUAACGAAACAUAUUUUAAAGUUCCAUAGCGAAUAAGGACGGCAUUAUUAACAAAAUCAACUGGACAUUCGCGACACAGCAACUUUAAGGGCACAGGUUUUGUUCUUGGAGCAGGGACUUAUCAUGUAUGUUAGCUCAGUUCUGUUCUACGCCACUUAGAGGUAUAACGUAUUUUUACCCGUGGGGUAUUCCCUUAUAUGCGCUUCCCUAGUAAAUAAUUAAUGAGUAGAGACAACUUGAGACGACGGGGGAGGAGUCAGCCUUUUCACUGCUUUUAUACCAUUCUGUCUGCAGGCGGGGUUCGAUGGAGCCGGGCUUAAAUACCACCUUAAGUGUGCAACUGAGUUUAAGACCUGUUACGGGCUCUGGUACGGGCCUCUAAGGGCGGCAGUUGUUGUCUGUCAUCCUGACACUGUCCAGGUGAUCCAGUCAAGCAAUGCACCAAAGGAAAAAUUCAUUUAUGAUAUAGUGAAGCCAUUUCUUGGUAAGUCUUCAACUUACACUGACCCCGCCUCAAAUAAGUGUAAGAUGUCAGAACUGUGCAAGUUCUUAACUUGUUUAUUGUUAUCAUCUUGCCAGUGUAGCAAAAUUUGUGGAUCCCAACAAACCGUGGUCCUGUAAAUAUGGCAGGCAAAAACAGCGAAAAAAUUGACAUGUGUGACUUUUUUCUGCGUGAUUGCACUCAGGAACUGAGACCGUAGCCCAAGAGGCUAAUGGGGAUGUGUUGCUCAAUGUGGUCGCAUUUUCACGACUGGAUUGACUAUAAUGGGGUCUCAUUUUCAGUAGUUACUAAAAUGGGGUCGAACAUUUUCUGAUUUGGGGGGUAAGCGCAUUAAUAUUACUGUGCGUCCUUGUUGUGAGGAACAAAUAUCUCUGUCUUUUUUUUCACAGGAGAUGGUUUGAUCACGUCUAACGGGAACAGAUGGUUUCGUAUGAGAAAGCUUCUUACUCCUGCCUUCCACUUUGAGAUUCUCAAACCAUACGUUCGGGUUUUCCAGGAAUCAACAGAUACCCUUUUGGUAUGAUCAAAAUUAGUAACAGAGAAUCCCAUUCCCCUAGCCUGGCCUUUUGAAAGCUUUUAGUUCGACCGGACGAGCGGAAAGAAAACCGUGCGUUCUCAGUGGCGGAUCCAGGAGGAGGGCCUGGUGCCCCCUUAUUUUUAGACGAAACUGAGGCACGAAGGGCCGAAAAAAUUUUUUUUGGAGAUUAGCCCCCUCCCCCCUGAUCUCAGGGUUUGGAAGACCGCCCCCCUCCCCCUUUUAUCUGAAGGUCUGGGUCUGCCACUGGUCCUAUUGAGUCUUCCUCUUUCCUUCCUUUGGGCUUUUCUGUUUUUUUUUUUUUUUUUUGUUUUUUUUUUUUUUUUGGUUGUUCUUGCUGUUGUGUUCUGCUCAUCCCUUAACUGUCAUAAAACUUGAAACAAUCCAAGUUGUUAUCGGAUUUGUUAUGGAUGUAAUUUGUGGGCAGUUAAUUUCCUUGCGUGAUAGCUAAAUGUGUAAGGAAAAGAUUGACUACUCACACAACGACGCGAUACCUAUAUAAACAGUGGUUUCUGCAUUAAGAAACGCCGGCUUUUAUCGAUUCACCGUUGAAACCUCCAUAAGGAAAUCAACCUCAGUAUUGUGCAAAAGAUCAGAGGAUAAAUUUGUAUUAGUUUACAUUGCCUUGAUCUGCUAAUUGUUUCCUUCAGACAAAGUGGUCCUCACAGGGGAAGGGUGAGGUGGAGUUGUUUCACGACAUGCGUUUGAUGACGUUGGAUUCAAUUCUUAAAUGUUCUCAUAGUUACGCAAGCAACUGUCAAACACAAGAGUAAGUAAGGGAUCUCAUUUUGCACGAUCUGUUUUUCCUCAUUGGAGCUGUUUAUACUAUUCCGGAAUGACUUUCAUUCCAGAAUGAAGUUCGUACUGCAUUCACAUGAAAUCGAACGGGUCAGUCUAAGGCGUUCUCACCCGCAUGGUUUGCGCGCCAGAUCAGAUAUUCGUGCGCCACUCGCUCAAGACUACCGAUUUUGCGAUUUUCAAUCAGAACAAAGUUUUCAAGGUACCAGUGAACAUGGUACCAGAAUGAAAUUUCGUACCGGAAAGAGAAUUUCUUUGGAAAUGAAAACCGGAAUGAACUCAUUCUUGAAUGACUUGUACGGGAACGAAUUGUCGUCUUGGUAUCAUGUAAACAGAUACAAAGAAAUUGGGUGGAGAUGGAACGAACUCGCUCCAGAAUGAAAGUAAUUCGGGUAUUAUGUGAGUAGCCCUAUAGAGGACAAAGGAGGUAUGCUGUAGUUAAUGCGGCUUUCAAAUAUAAUACCAAACCCCACCCUUUCCUAUAUUACUAGGGACCUCUGAACUUUGGGACUUUUUUGGAAAUUUAUCGACCCGAUCUGGCGACGAUUUCUGUUCAUUGGAUGUUACAUAACAAGAAUCUAUUUUAACGGGGAAUCCUAUUCUGCACAAAUUGAUAUUUUUGCUGAAAUUAAGAUUAUUAUAAAGACCGAUACUGACUAACGGUUUUAUAUUUUGGAAUGUGAAAAUUAAUAAAGCUUGCACAGCUUUAGUUUCGUUUCUCAUUAUUUACUUUAAGAGUUGGUGGUAGCCGAGCCCUAACCUAAUAGUCAAGCCAUAUAGUGAAAAAAUUGUGCACUCUGGGGUAAAAGCACCAAAUUUGGCAUGGUAAUAGUACUUGGGCUGCUGAACAAUAUUAGCUAUAGACCCCAGUCAGGGAGACAUUUUGUACUCAGGGGGGUGGGGUGGUUGCAGUUUUUGCACCCAGGGUAUCAUCUUUGCUAGGCAACUCUCUUGGUGUGCUGAUAUAGUGGAGAAGUUCUCGAGGUUUCUUCCCUUUUGUGCAAAUAGCCGGAACUUUUUUGGCAUCAUUGACUCUUCGACUCCGGUUUGUGUGGUCAGACACUAGGAUAACAAAUCUCUCAAGCACCGGGGCAUAGUGUCUUGAACACCCUUCAAAGUUUCCUAAGGGAUGUAAAAAGUUCAGUGGCUUCUCCAUAAGGCAGCCUUGUGGCCUAGGCAGUUUUCUCGUCCUAAGAAAGGGGAUGUCUGAUUGCAUUUUGUGAUUGCGUAAUAAAAGUACAACGUCCUAUAACACUCUUCAUCACUCGAGAGCCCUUAUGAUUGCUGUGCCAUGUAAAGAACCAGUUAGAGGAGGAAGAACUGGGGUUAUGGUGGAUUUUAUCGGCACCAGGAGACUUACAUAAAUUUGAAGUGGAUUCUCACGAUGAAUCUUCGCGACGUCGAAUCACAAAGUUUAAAAAGCUAUAAAGAGCAGAUCGAUUCUGUAUGAUUUUGCUUGACUGUGUCUCAAUACUAGCUCCAUCGGUCCAGGAUGAUCUCAAUUAUGCUUUUUAAAACCUGAGAGAUGUGAGGCUUGUUCACUAUCAGUGUUUCUUUCUGUGGCGUUCCUCUAAACAUUGCAUGGUAUUCACUUAAAAGGCAAGAAAGACUUCGAGAAUAUCUCUAUAUGGCGUUAAAUCUACGCAUUGCUGUUAUUAAAUGUGUCAAAGAUUUGUGUUGUGAACAAGCUGUAAAACAUCACAGCAAAUAUAGCACUGCUCCAGUCUCAGCAGACAUCUGCUGUCAUAUAACUGUUAUCAGACGUCUGAUUUUGUAUGUUAUGUUAUAUAACUAUUAUCAGACGUCUGUUAUAUAUUAUGUAAUAUAACUGUCAUCAGACGUCUGAUAACAGUUAUAUGAUGUCAGACAUCUGCUAACAGUUACAAAAAUCAGACGUCUGAUAACAGUUAUAUGACAUCAGCCGUCUGAUGUCAUAUAACUGUUAUCAGACGUUAUGCAACAUAACAUAUAAAUUCAGACAUCACACGUGUGAUGACAGUUAUAUGACACAAGAUGUCUGCUGUCAUAUAACUGUCAUCACAGUUAACAGACGUUAACAGUCAUAACAUAACUAUUAUAUAACUGUUAUAUACUGUUAUAUAACAGUAUAUGUAACAGUAUAUAUAACUGUUAUGUAACAGUCAGAUGUCUGAUUUUAUAUAACUGUCAUAUAACAGUUAUACAUACUGUUACAUAACUGUUAUAUAACAGUAUAUACAAAUGUUAUAUAACAGUAUAUAAAACAUCUGACUGUUAUAUAACAGGUAUAUAUACUGUUAUAUAACAGUCAGAUGUCUGAUGUUAUAUAACUGUCAUAUAACAGUUAUACAUACUGUUAUAUAACUGUUAUAUAACAGUAUAUAUACAGUUAUAUAAGAGUUAUAUAAUUGUUUUAUAACAGUUACAUAACUGUUAUAUAAAAUCAGACACCUGACUGUUAAAUAACAGUUAUAUAUACUGUUAUAUAACAGUUACAUAUACUGUUAUAUAACAGUUAUAUUUAACAAUUAUUCCACGAGGGCGCGUUGGAUAUGAGAUGAUAGAUAGCCAACGAGGCGCAUAGCGCCGAGUUGGCUAUAAUCAUUUCAUAUCCAACAAGCCCGAGUGGAAUAAUUGUUUUAUUAAAAACGCCCACAAAAUCUCGUUGAAUCGCCCCGACUAGAACAAACCAGAAAAGACAAGGGACUUCCGCUAUUGACAUGUCACACGUCUAUCAAAACUGUCAAGCGCGUACGGGCUCGCCUAGUAUAGACUGCAUGAAUGAAAAAUCAAAACAUUGUGCGAUGAACAUUAGUUUUUUAAAAACUCAUCGUGAUUCUAGGAUUUUACACAGCAGAACAGCUAAAAAACCUGGCAGAUAAUGUGAAGGAAAGGAAUUUUUUAAGUGACAGCCGUCGAAAUUACUAUGAAUUUGGAUUUUCGGUGCAGUUAUAAAAGUAAGAACAACGGAGAAAAACUACUGGUAUUACCUCGUCGCUUGUUAUGAAGUUGUUUGAAGCCACAAGCUGGUUUUGCUGAACGAGAAAAGAAGCUAUACUGCCGCCUCGAUUGCUCUAGUGAAUGGCUGCAUAGCCUGUAUUUGUAGCUGGUUACUUGUGAUUUAUAUUCUUGAUGUUGGAUAAAUGAGCUGCAGUUAUCUAUCGGCGAAAGUGACUCGAUCGGGCGUAAUGGCUUCGCGAUCAUGAAGAAACAACACUUGUCUUCUUUUCGUAGCUGGUCAAGGUACUUUAGUUCCAUGUGUUUUUUCGACAAACCUUCAAACAAGCUCUUGUGGCUUUUUUGUUUGUUUUUGUCUUUUUUCUUUCGUUGAAAUUGCAUUUCUAGUAUUCUAAGAAAUGAAUUAAAACGAUUUGCUUCGGGCGCCGUUCUAUCCUUCGCGAAAAAAAAUCUCAGCUAGCUUCCAAUUUUAAACUGACCCGUACACCGACCAUAUAUGGAGAACAUGGUAUAUUAGCUCAUAUACCAUAACGGCUAAGCCAAUCAAAAUGCUAGAAUUGCAUUAUCCAAUGAUUCAGUUUUUAAUAAAUACUGUUAUAUAACAGUUAUAUAUACUGUCAUAUAACAGUUAUAUAUACUGUCAUAUAACAGUUAUAUAUACUGUUAUAUAACUCUUAUAUAAAAUCAGACAUCUGACUGUUAUAUAACAGUUAUAUCAUUGUUAUAUAACAGUAUAUACAAAUGUUAUAUAACUGCCAUAUAACAGUUAUAUAAAAGAUGUGACUGUUAUAUAACAGGUAUAUAUACUGUUAUAUAACAGUCAGAUGUCUGAUUUUGUAUAACAGUUAUGUAACAGUAUAUUUAACUGUUAUAGCACAGUCAAAUGUCUGAUUUUAUACAACAGUAUAUUUAACUGUAAUAUAUAUACUGUUAUAUAACAGUUAUAUAACUCCCAUAUAACAGUUAUAUAACUGUUAUAUGAAACAUCUGACUGUUAUAUAACAGUUAUAUAUACUGUUAUAUAACAGUAUAUAUAACUGUUAUAUAACAGUCAGAUGUCAGAUUUUAAAUAACAACAGUUAUAUAACAGUAUAUUUAACUGUUAUAUGACUGUUAUGUAACUGUUAUAUAACAGUUAGAUGUCUGAUUUUAUUUAACAGUAUGUAUAACUGUUACAUGACAGUUAUAUAACUGUUAUAUGACAGUUAUAUAACUCAGAUGUCUCAUUUUAAAUAACAACAGUUAUAUAACAGUAUAUUUAACCGUUAUAUGACUGUUAUAUAACAGUCAGAUGUCUCAUUUUAAAUAACAACAGUUAUAUAACAGUAUAUUUAACUGUUAUAUGACAGUUAUAUAACUGUUAUAUAACAAUCAGAUCAGAUGUCUGAGUUUAAAUAACAACAGUUAUAUAACAGUAUAUUUAACUGUUAUAUGACUGUUAUAUAACAGUUAUAUAACAGUAUAUAACGGCUCUAUAUACAUUUAUAUAACAGUUAUAUAUACUGUUAUAUAACAGUUAGAUGUCUGAUUUUAUAUAACAGUAUGUAUAACUGUUACAUGACAGUUAUAUAACUGUUACAUGACAGUUAUAUAACUGUUAUAUGACAGUUAUAUAACUGUUAUAUAACAGUCAGAUGUCUCAUUUUAAAUAACAACAGUUAUAUAACAGUAUAUUUAACUGUUAUAUGACUGUUAUGUAACUGUUUUAUAAAAGUUAGAUGUCUGAUUUUAUAUAACAGUAUGUAUAACUGUUAUAUGACAGUUAUAUAACUAUUAUAUGACAGUUAUAUAACUGUUAUAUGACGGUUUUAUAACUGUUAUAUAAUAGUUAUAUGUACUGUUAUAUAACAGUUAUAUAUACGGUUAUAUAACUGUCAUAUAACAGUCAGAUGUCUGAUUUUAUAUAACAGUAUAUUUAACUGUUAUAUGACAGUUAUAUAACUGUUAUAUAACAAUCAGAUCAGAUGUCUGAGUUUAAAUAACAACAGUUAUAUAACAGUAUAUUUAACUGUUAUAUGACUGUUAUAUAACAGUUAUAUAACAGUAUAUCACGGCUUUAUAUACAUUUAUAUAACAGUUAUAUAUACUGUUAUAUAACAGUUAUAUAUACUGUUAUAUAACAGUUAGAUGUCUGAUUUUAUAUAACAGUAUGUAUAACUGUUACAUGACAGUUAUAUAACUGUUAUAUGACAGUUAUAUAACUGUUAUAUAACAAUCAGAUCAGAUGGCUGAGUUUAAAUAACAACAGUUAUAUAACAGUAUAUUUAACUGUUAUAUGACUGUUAUAUAACAGUUAUAUAACAGUAUAUAACGGCUUUAUAUACAUUUAUAUAACAGUUAUAUAUACUGUUAUAUAACAGUUAGAUGUCUGAUUUUAUAUAACAGUAUGUAUAACUGUUACGUGACAGUUAUAUAACUGUUAUAUGACAGUUAUAUAACUGUUAUAUAACAGUUAUAUAUAUACUGUUAUAUAACUGUUAUAUAACAGUCAGAUGUCUGAUUUUAUGUAACAGUUAUAUAACAGUAUAUUUAACUGUUAUAUGAGAGUUAUAUAACUGUUAUAUAACAAUCAGAUGUCUGAUUUUAAAUAAGAACAGUUAUGUAACAGUAUAUUUAACUGUUAUAUAACAGUUAUAUAUACUGUUAUAUAACAGUUAGAUGUCUGAUUUUAUAUAACAGUAUGUAUAACUGUUAUAUGACAGUUAUAUAUACUGUUAUAUAACAGUUAUAUAUACGGUUAUAUAACUGUCAUGUAACAGUCAGAUGUCUGAUUUUAUAUAACAGUUAUAUGACAGUAUAUUUAACUGUUAUAUGACAGUUAUAUAACUGUUAUAUAACAGUCAGAUGUCUGAUUUUAAAUAACAACAGUUAUAUAACAGUAUAUUUAACUGUUAUAUGACUGUUAUAUAACAGUCAGAUGUCUUAUUUUAUAUAACAACAGUUAUAUAACAAUAUAUUUAACAGUUAUAUGACUGUUAUAUAACAGUCAGAUGUCUGAUUUUAUAUAACAGUUAUAUAACAGUAUAUAACGGCUAUAUAUACAUUUAUAUAACAGUUAUAUAUACUGUUAUAUAACAGUUAGAUGUCUGAUUUUAUAUAACAGUAUAUUUAACUGUUAUAUGACUGUUAUAUAACUGUUACAUGACAGUUAUAUAACAGUUAUAUAUAUGGUUAUAUAACUGUCAUAUAACAGUCAGAUGUCUGAUUUUAUAUAACAGUUAUAUAACAGUAUAUUUCACUGUUAUAUGACAGUUACAUAACUGUUAUAUAACAGUCAGAUCAGAUGUCUGAUUUUAAAUAACAACAGUUAUAUAACAGUAUAUUUAACUGUUAUAUAACAGUUAUAUAUACUGUUAUAUAACAGUUAGAUGUCUGAUUUUAUAUAACAGUAUGUAUAACUGUUAUAGGACAGUUAUAUAACUGUUAUAUGACAGUUAUAUAUACUGUUAUUUAACAGUUAUAUAACUGUCAUAUAACAGUCAGAUGUCUGAUUUUAAAUAACAACAGUUAUAUAACAGUAUAUUUAACUGUUAUAUGACUGUUAUAUAACAGUUAUAUAACUGUUAUAUAACAGUCAGAUGUCUGAUUUUAAAUAAGAACAGUUAUAUGUUAUAUAUUUAACUGUUAUAUAACAGUUAGAUGUCUGAUUUUAUAUAACAGUAUGUAUAACUGUUACAUUACAGUUAUAUAACUGUUACAUAACUGUUAUAUAACUGUUAUAUAACUGUUAUAUAACGGUUAUUUAUAUACUGUUAUAUAACAGUAUAUUUAACUGUUAUAUAGGUGUUAUAUAACAGUAUGUAUUACUGUUAUGUAACAUCAUCAUACAGUUAUAUCAGUUAUAUAACAUCAUUAUUAGUUAUAUAUAUACUGUUAUAUAACAGUUAUAAUACUGUCAUAUGACUAUUGUUAUAACACAUAUAACUGUUAUAUAAUAGUAUAUAUAACUGUUAUAUAAUAUCAUCAUCAGUUAUAUAACAUCAUUAUUAGUUAUAUAACAGUUCUAUAACAUAUAUGACAGCAGACAUCUGCUGCCAUAUAACUUUUAUCAGAUUUCUGACAUCAUUUAACUGUUAUCAGACGUCUGAUGUUAUAUGUUAUGUUAUAUAACUGUUAUCAGACUUCUGAUGUUAGAUAUCCUUUUCUCCUCAACUCGGCACUUAUAUUUUUGAUAAUUGUAAAGAUGACAAUAGAGUGUGAGAGAGAUCAAUAUAUUAUUGAAAACGAGAGGAAACCAAAGGUUACGGAGUGAGGGCGACAAGGAUGGAAGAUGAAAACGCCGUUACUCCAACGCUGUGCUUCGCACAAGUUUCACUUGAUAGAUGUUCCAAACACGCGUGAUCAGAUUCUAAGUGACCAGAGAAGAUCCAGAUGCGAGUGAUCAAAUUGCUUUCUGUGAAUUCCAUUCAUCCUUAUAAGUGGAAGUCCAAACGAAUGCCGGCUACAUACCUGCGAUGCAUGCAUAUAAUAAUAACCUGAAGGUGAAAACUGCGGGCUACUCUUGUCGCCCCGCACUACUGAAAGUGGUUAAUAACUCCCCGUUGCAUGUCGUUGAAGGUCUCUGUAAGUGUCUCAUGUUUUAUUUUUGCGGUAGUUUGGCUGAGCAAUUAAAUUCCCAAAAAGUGCAAUUUACUUCAAUCAAAGUGUAGAGAUGAAACAUCGUAUCUUUCCAAGAGUGAAAAACGGCAUACUGUCUCUCACAAACGAGAGAGCAAAAAGACCAGCCAUUCCUGUCCGCCAUGCAGAAUUUCCUUGAGUAGCCUGACCUUUUGUUUCUUCCAUGUGCAGUCUUGUUUGUUCCAUCAGGAGGUGUCUCAAAAAUAUUAAUGAAGUGUUUUGAUGUGUCAGGGGGUGCAUGUAUAAUAUUGUAAUGCUUCAAAUUAAUUCCGGCCUUCAGAACUCAACUUGCUUCUACGUGGCUUUUCCUUGUGACAAGAAUCACUUACACACUCUUUUAAAAUAAUUUUAGAAAAUCUCUCAGAAAAGUAAGUAACAGGUAUUUUAUAGGGUUACCUUGCACUACUUUGAAGAAAAUGGGAAUGCAAAAGUUUUUUUAGGCCGCUUUCUUCCCGUUUUUGAGUCUUUUCCGGACCAAAACAAAAAGGCCAUGACCCCUUCCCCCCAAGGGCACAAUGUGCCUUCCCCCGUGCAUGUUUGAGUGGGGUCCAUAGCUAAAAAUAAUUACUGCAACUAGUACUAUCACUGUGCCGAGUUUGAUGCUUUUACCCCAAAGUGCACAAUUCAGCUAUUUUUUUACACCAUAUGGCCGGACUAUAAUUGUUUCAAGAGAAAUUAUUUAAAAAAAAGUAGUUCCAAGUUUUCAUGUGUGCACCCGAAGCUACCCGAUAAAAGUUUACUUUUUUCACAGUUAUUUUCCUUUAUUAAGUCUCGGAGAGGCGAAAUAUUUACCGACAAAAUCAAAGAAGGUUAAAAAGCCAAUUAAUUGUGACGCCUUUUUUUUCUCAUUUAGAGUCCAAGACCCAUACAUCUCUGUUGUCUUCGAAGCUUCAAAUCAGAUUCUAAACAGACUUAUGUAAGACAUUUAUUUCAUUUAUCUGAUGCAGUCAAAGCUCUCGUAAGCGACCGCCUCGAAGGGGUCGAAUGUACACUGAGCUUUUCGUUUGCCGGAAUUUGCUUUAGUAAAUGACUGUGUGAUCAUGAUAAACUUGUUGAGGACGUCGCUUGCAAGAGCUUACGACAAAUAAAGCUUGGCAUACUGUGUAUGCUUUCAUGAGGUAAAAUAACCUGAUUGAAAAGUCUCUUUUUAUUAAGGAUCAUUUCUAAAGUUAACGGACCUUGUAGCGGCGUCAGCUGCGAAACUAAGAUAACUAAAUGUCUCACAGAUUCCACAAGGCUAAGGUUUAUUGGGCAAACUCUUACAACGAUCCUGUUGUACUGGACGUGUUGGGGCGAACGCUUACUCAAUGUGCCGAACUUUCCUGAGCGGUCGCUUCCCGGGGUCGCUUACAAGAAAGUAAAAACAAAGUGAAAAAGCCGGCCGAUGAUUCACAAAGUGGCCGCAGUCACUUACUGGAGCUUUUCAUUACAGAACUUCGAUCACAUUUGAAACCAGGUUUCACAAUGUUGGUAUUAAAUAGAGCUGGUCGCUUACGAGCGUGAUCUCAGAACAACAUCGUCAUAGGCAUCGGUUGACCGAAGAGAAGUCUGCUGUAAGUCGUCUCCAGCUGGCUCGGUCUUGGGCAGUGCACACGAUGUCAUCCCCUGAGAAAUGCUUAUUGGGGUCGAUACAUUCCCGAACCUGGCUGGAAAAGGAAGUAUGCGUCCUCCCUGGGGGUCUUCUCCCAUGUGAGAGCUCAUACAACGCACAGAUGUUAGCGGGUUCAUCCUUCCCCAUGCCUGAAAAUGGCCAAGGAACUUGAGCGGAUGUGAGAUGACCGUAGAUAGCAGAAAAGAACAACAUUGCCAUAAAACUAUGAUAUUGCUAGUUUUGUUAGGGGCUUCACUAGUGAGUAUAACUCUCAUACUUGAUAUUUUCUAGGAAUCCGCUUCAUCAUGCGGAUGAAAUCUAUAAAUUAACGCCGGCUGGAAGAAAGUUCUUCAAGAAUGGUGAUAUUGCAAAAUCCAAAGCACACCAAGUUGUAAAAGCUAGAAGGAAAGCCCUUCAAGACGACGUGAGUAGAACAUUUCGUUCUUUUUUUUAUAAAGAUUUUUUCCGCAAGUUUCUUUCUUGCAUUGGCCUAGACUUAAAUGACCAGAAAACAGCGGCUUCGUAACUGAGCUUAUAGGGCCAAAUAUUUAAACGAAGUUCAACUUAAGCCGCGGUUUAACAAAUAUUUGAAUCUCCAGAUCUCUUCUUUGGUGGGUGUUUUAAGAAGAUAAAUGCUUUCCUAGUCUUCUCUAUAUGCUUUCAUAAAACUGUUCACAAUAUCUGAUAUUUUAGAUAAAAUCGUUGGGCAAAUUGAAAAUGACUUAUAAACGCGGUUUUUGUUAAACACUGGCUAAACUGGGUUGGCCCAUAUAUACUUAACGCGACGAACUGUCUACCGCCUCGAAGUAUUGUUGCAUAGUCCAACCCAGGUUGUGUUUACUUUUUAAGCAUUAAUCAAUUUCCUGCAAAUUGUAAAAUGUUUGUUGAAAAAUAGACAAGUUUACGAGACUUGCUAAUUCUUGUUGCCAAGGCUUCUAGCUCCUCUCCCUUUUAUUUCUAUUUUUUCCUUUUCUUUUCUUCCUCAUUUUUCAUAAUUUUCCUUUUUUUUGCCUGGUUUUUAUUUGGAUGAAUUUCCUUUAUGGCUUAACAAGUCGCUUUAAGGCCAUGCCUUUAACGCAUUAUAGAUUUCACUUCGUCCAUUUAAUUUUGGGCCGGUAGACGGGCUCUGGGGACAAGUUGAACCCUAGCUGGUUUCCAGUCAUCUCUCGUCUUCUUUUAAACGUGUGCACUCAUGGCGCGAGCGAAAAAGAACGAAGUGCCUCCAGAAAAAGGCACCCUGGCAAGGUUGUGGGAUCAUUUCCAAAAUAAGCAUCAUCCAACCAGCCACAAAGGUCGUAGUUGUACUUGCCUCUGCAUUUUUAGAAGACAACCUAACCAAACCAUUUCCUUAUGCGAUGUUUAUCUUUUUUUAUCUCUCACCAGGCAGAGAAAGAAAACCUGAGGAAAAAGAAACAUUUGGACUUCCUCGACAUUCUUUUAGAGGCUAGGGUAUCUGUUGAUUUCUUUCAUUGGAAAUUUUAGAUCAUGAUACGUUUUUGGAAAACUGCCCACCUGCCCCUCCCCUAAGCUAACAUUUUGCCCUAAAACAUACUACCACUAGAUUAACCAAACAGUAAUCAGGGGGAAUUAAGAAUACUCUCCCGUGGGUUUUCUUACUUAGGCCCCGUUUAUAUGGAGUAAGGUUCCCGCGGGUAGAGGGGUCACCCCCUCCCCCAUAUCUGAGCUACCCUGAGCGAGCCAACUGGGCCCGCCUAUCCGGGUCACCCGCCUAGCCUGGUCAACUUUUCUGUAUAUAAACAGUUUGCCUUGCCCAGCCUAACUAUAGGUCACCUCGUAUCCAGCAUUUAACGCUAUUCAUAAAGAUGCUACUUUAAUGUGCUGUUUUUCUCAGGACGCAGACGGGAAUGGUUUAAACGAUGAAGAAAUUGUCGGCGAAGUGAUGACGUUUUUGUUUGCUGGUCACGACACAACUGCCAGUGGUAUGUGUAUAAGAGACUUUCAUUUACGGACUUCAUUGUGUCCAGUAAUGUCUUCGUUCAUCACCACCACUACCACCACCCCCACUAUCAUCGUCAUCAUCAUCAUUAUCAUCAUCACUACCACUACCAUCACCAGUACCAGCACCACCACUACCACCAUCGUCAUCAUCAUCAUCAUCAUCAUCACCAUCACCAUUAUCAUAGUCAUCAAUAUCAUUAUCAUCACCAUCACCGCUACCACCACCCUCACCAUCACCACCACCACCACCGCCACCACCACUACCACUACCAUCACCACCACAGCCAUCACCAUCAUUAUCAUUAUUAUCAUCAUCACCAUCAUCACCAUCGUCAUUAUCAUCAUCAUCACCACCACCACUACCACCACGUCCGCCAUCAUCACCACCAUUAUCACCACUACCACCACCACCACCACCACCAUCAUUAUUAUCAUCAUCAUCAUCGUCAUCAUCAUCAUCAUCAUCACCACCACCACUACCACCACGUCCCCACCAUUAUCAUCACUACCACUACCACCACCAUCACCAUCACCAGUACCAGCACCACCACUACCACCACGUCCCCCACAAUCAUCAUCACCACCAUUAUCACCACUACCACCACCACCACCAUCACCAUCACUAUCAUCAUCAUUAUUAUCAUCAUCAUCAACAUCACCAUCAUCAUCAUCAUAAUCACCACAACCACCACUACUACCACCCCCACCAGCACCAGCACCAGCACCACCGCCAUCACGAUCAUCACUACUAUCAUCAUCACCACCACCGCCACCAUUAUCAUCGUCAUUAUCAUCAUCAUGUUGCGAAUCUCCUCAUGCUUAAUGGCAAUGAUUCAGGUUCAUCGCUUUAAAAGCAAGACUCACCGUUCAAUUUUUACCUUAAAUGUCUUCUUAGUGAUCUGCUGGACUUUAUACAACUUUGCAAAGUACCCUGAACAUCAAGAGAAAUGUCGACAGGAACUGGAUGAAGUUUUAGGAGACAAUCUUGACUUAGACUGGUAAGAGCUAAUAGUUAUGCCCAGCAUAUCAUGAUAAUUAUACCAAAGGGUUUCUCUCACACCAGUUUACAGACCAUGAGAUGUGACCAUAUCUAAGGUUUAAAGGUAGGUUAGUAGUUUUUUGUAGCGAUCAAGCCGAGUUAAAGGUUUCUUCUUUAUCAGUACGGGGUGAAACGUCCUGGCUGACGAGAAUUAGAGAGACUGGACUUGUUAUAAUGUGUCUACCUAAGACGAGGACAGAGAAGUCAGUUCAAAAUCUUACGGGUCUUGCACCCCUUUUGCAGGUGCUGUCGAGGCGGUUUGAUAAGUCUUACGCUCGCUGCCUCUGCGAAAUGCAUUUUGCUGCCAAAAAAUGUCCACGCCUCCUCCAUUUUUUUCUCCCAGAAAUGACGUCUGAGAAAGAAGCGCAGCAAUUCCAUUCUGAUGACGUGUCAUUACUCAGACUUAGGUGGUGCUUCUGAUUAGUUGAAGUAGAUUUCCCUCGAGGCGCAACCAAUGAGAAGCACCACUCAGAUCUGGUUAGUAACGCGUCAUUAGUAUGGGAUUUCUGCGCUCGUUUCUCAAAAGUCAUUUCGCAGGGAAACCAGUGGUGGCGUCUGAAACUGUCGGCUGUUUUCUCUUGGUACCUUAUGAAUACGCUUGUUCUGAUGUUUUUAACAGGCAACAGCUGGGAAAACUGAAAUACUUGCUCAUGUGUAUUAAGGAGUCAAGCAGGAUCUUUGCGCCAGUGCCAAUGACCGGUCGCACUCUGGACAAGGCUUAUGAAAUAGAUGGUCAUCUUAUACCUGAAGGUAGCGGCCGCAGGCACACCAAGCUCCGCUAAUAGAGAAGAGUUAGUAGCCCUUAAGGCUACCUUCACACGCGGUAACGGAGGAAUUUUGCCCGGUUGAAAAUUCCCGAGUUUAGGUGUUUUGUUUCCACGGAACCAUCUCAACUGUACAAAAAAUUAGACGCCUUGCCGUUCAAAUUUCCGUGUGAAGGAAGUGAAAAUAUAGAAAGUGAACGAAGAGUCCGGUCAAACAUUUCAGCCGGCCGAAAAUUCGUCCGAUGCCUCGUGAAUGUAACGUAAGUUCCACACUUUUGGAACGCAGGUUGAGACUUCCUACAAAGACGUGAUGCGUUCGGAUUCGACAGUUUUGCGAAAUCUAUCCUCGUGGCAAAAUCUCCAAGAAAGGAAAAAUCACUUCUGCAAGAUUACAAGGGUAUUACUUAAACAGGAUUCUAGCAAGUGUCAUCUUUGAUUAUACCUUCUUAAAGGAUUUAAGUUGCUUACAAGUCAGUUGCACCUUCAAGUAAAGACAGACAAGGAGGAUCAUAUUCCUUUGAACAAGACAUGAUAUAUGAAACAAUAAUUAGUGCAGGGGACUAGUAACUAAUAAUAAUAAUUUAAACAUAUUUAUGCAGGAUUGCUGCUUCAGUUUUAAGAAAAAAACUGCUAUCAAUGCAGGUCCUGUAAAAAAUUAAAAAUGAAAAAAUAAAAAUAAAAAAGAUUUAAAAUAUAGAUAAAAGUCAAAUCACAAUAUUACAAAAAUAGUCACACCAAACGAAAGAUCGAACAGUUAUAAUAACUAUGGAGAACGAUCCAUUGUCAUAAUUGUAUUUUUAUUUAAACGUCAGAUUUCAAUCUCCGUGCUUUUUCGCUUUGGCAUGCCUCGAUGUGCCAAACCACGACAAAUACGACCUUGCAAAAUCCUUCACCGUGAUUUGUCUUUUCAGGUACUUGGGUGAUGACAAAUACAUACGCUCUGCAUCACAACCCGCAUGUUUGGAAAGACCCAGAGGUUGGUCGCUGUAUUUUAUCAGUUCUGUGCUAGCCUUUUAACGUAGUUAUGCUAAUAAUUUGGGGACACGUUUAAGCUUGAUUGGAUGGGAUACAAGGGCCACCACUAUCACUAUAAUUCAAUUUCCAAAGUUUUCCUGUAAUCUAACAACCAGCCUUCCACUUACAAGAUGAAGGGAUGUAGCUCCUUUGAGAAACAAGGAAGUGACCAAACAACUGCUUUUGAGCAAUUUUUUCAGCUAACAUAAACUGUCAAUCUGUAAAAACAACUCAUUACUACGUUUUUAAGAUUCAGUCACGGUCUGAUCUCAGUGCAAAAUAAGUUUUAACCGUUUUCAUUAAGUACUUACAAGUUAAGGCCUCAUAUUGCGAAGGUGCUUCCGCAACUAUCUUUUUGGCGAAAGUAGGCAGCUCAGAUCGAUAUUAACAUCGCCUAUAUCAAAAGUCACUAAUUAUUUUUCUGUCUUUGUUUGAUAUUCUGUAGACCUUUGAUCCAUUGCGCUUUACAAGUGAGAACUCAAAGAACAUGUCGCCAUAUUCUUUCAUUCCUUUCUCGGCCGGACCAAGGUAAGCUUCACCGUGAGUUAGAGCGAUUUUCGUAUGACCUUGAAAUGAAAACGCGCGAACAAAACAGAAACAACCAAUAAACAGAAAUAGAGCGAUUUAAUUGGUUUAUCGAACGGAUACAAAAGAGCGUCGCUUUUGGUUGGUUAAGCAAACGCUCGGGUGGAAAAAACUUUAUGCCCGAGAACUUUCUAGAAAUCAACCGAUACUUCGCUUUGACGUCAUACUGCAACACGAUUGGCUAAUCGAACGAUGCCUUCUCCAUAUUAGGGUUUUCUUUGGCGGGAAAUGAAGGCACCAUGUUUAGAUUUUUUCAUCCAUUGGCAGAUGAAACAAAUAACGAACAAUUACUGAAACCAUUUUUCAAGGUCAUACGAAAAUCGCUCUAUCUAGCUAUAUGAUCAGGUCCAAUGUUGAACUGUAGGUCUCUUGUGGUGUCAGUUGUGUGGGAUUGGUUGAUGUUAUUCAAGGCAGCCAUUAAGAAAGGCUCAUUUCUGCCAAAGGUUCCAUCAAAAAAUAAAGAAUCUCGAUGAAGGUUUCGCAGCGCGAUUAGGCUUUUCACAUGGGCUCAUAUAAACAUGGCCUUGUUUACAUCAUUUGCAUCUGUCAAAUGCAAGCAUGCGCAGUAGCCGUGACACAGCUCCUUUAACCAAUCAUGUAUAAUUAACUCUUUGCCCACCAAAACGACCCCAGAAAUUUCUGCGUCGAAUGUUUGUACCCAUUCUCUUUUAUAGUCUCUGGAGGGUCAAUUAUCAUCAUCAUCUAUGUAGUGUACAGCGGUUGUAUGAGCAAGAGUGCAUAGCGUACAGCGGUCGUACGUGCAGGACAUACGGGAACUGAACAGUGUGAGCGGGCGUAGAGUGAGUGAAUUGACUUGGUGUCAAGCAGAGCAGAUGAACGAAUAAAGUGUUCGGUUGUAUUUGCCUUUGUGGCAAAUUUUUUUUCCACACCCCAUUUUGAGGUCCUGAUGGAUUAACAGGUCCAUUUUUAAUUUGUUGAGAAUACUGUUUUAUGAUUUGGUUAAGGAAAAACAGCAGAAAUAAAACAAAAUAAUAACAGACCACACCCCUAGACGGUGUUUUAGUACCGACACCCGAUGAUUUGUCAAACUGGAUUUUUCCUACACGCCGAAUAUUCCUUUUUUGUCUCUGUUUGACACAGGAACUGCAUUGGCCAAACCUUUGCCCUGACCGAAGUAAAGAUUACUGUGGCCAUGAUUCUUCGCAAGUAAGUGUAACUUAAAACAAUUUUUACGCGUAGGAACAUAGAGGUGGCUUGUCAAAUGAAACCAGUGCAGUCGAUUUGGAUUUAAAAGCCUCAUAACACCUAAACAUCCCAACUUAAAUUUUAAAAAGCUCCGCUAUAAAUUGCUUUUCCCCAAAGUAUUUUGUGUGAAUGUAUCUUAACUUAGAAGGACAUCACUCUGGAUCCCGCUCCAGGGCCCGGUUGCAUAAAACCUGCACUUAAGUGCUCACUUAAGUAGGUCAGUUACAAAUCCGUUAUGGGUAUACUUACGGGUGUUGCAUGGAACGCACUAAGCACUCUCGUAAGUUUCUGUUUUACGUGGUAACUUACGGGCUCACUUAAGGGCACACGUAACCUUGAUAUAGUACUUUAUAAAUGAUUCACUCUUUUUUUUAAGCUAACCAUCGGUGGGUGUAAAGAAAGUUAAAGGUCGUUUCGAACACUUUUAAGCCCCUCAAAAAAUGAAAUUUGAUAGUUCUUCUUUUUUCACAAAAGGGAACAUCAAACGUUCACAAAGCGCAUUAGAACGAAUUACGUGAAGAAAAUACUUUUUUUCACUUCUCAGUAAAAGAUCUCGUUAAAUUUAGUAAAAACCGUAACGAUACGGGAUCUACAUAGGUCCCGUAAAUUUACGGGCUAUUUUUCCCGUAAAAAAAGUUUUAUGCAACACCCGCAACUGAACACUUACGAAAAUUGUAAGUGCAACCACUUAAGUGAAUUCCCUAAGUGGACCACUUAAGUGAUUUCAUGCAACUGACUUAAGUUACGAGUACACGUACGUGUACCCGUAGUUGUUACGGACGUUUUAUGUAACCGGGCCCUGGUCUAAAAAUUAGCAUCACUAAUUUUUCAGCGGAGGAAAUGUUUGUAAAUGGGUGGGAAACUACCCAUAUUGUUCUUAAAUUGAUUAUUUUACUUUUCUUAACACAGGUUCACGUUAUCCCUUGAUCCCGCAAACGUUGUCCCAGUGGAUGAUCUGAUUCCUGAACUUAUUUUACGGUCCAAGAAUGGAAUACGGAUUAAUAUUUCACCUCGCUUUUAAUGAUGUAAAACCAAUCUUCAGAGUCAUAUUAUAUUUUAGUAAAAUCCAACUAGUGGUCUAUUAUUAAUGCUGCGUUCUGUUUGGUUGAGCUACUACUAGGCUAUAUGUUAUAGCCCACUAGUAGGGAGAAGAGCCGGCUUUGAAAACCAAAACAAUGGCGGCUGAAUCGCGUUUUGCUAGCUAAAGUUGUUUUGUCUUGAUAUUUUUGACCAAUUAGUUGGAUUUUACUGAAACAAUUAUUCCUGUCGCCCUCAUGGCCUCUGAGUCAAUAGCCCAUGAGGCCUUCAUUGGCUAUUGACUCAGAGCCCAUUCGGACUCGAGGAAUUAUUGUUAAAUAUUUCGUUAGAUAAAGUUUUCUCUACUAGUUUUUUUAGUUUAUCGCUCUGUCCUUCAUAGAGUAACGAGUAACUCUGACUUAUUGUUAUUCUAUAUACUGUAGUUCCAGUUAAUGAAAUCUUUUGUACAAAAACAGUGUUUGCGCUUUAUUGUAUGGCUACAAUAGUACGCGCACUCCGAUUGGCUGUUUUCUUGUAAUGACCAGGCAUUACUAACUAUGUGUCCAAGAUAUAUACAAUCUGUGUUUAACUUGAUAGUGAACAUCCUUAUGGACAUCCAUGACAGCUGUCUUUUCCGACGUCAGCGAAAUAACUGAAAAUAGUAAUUAGUCUUGGUGCUUAUCUCUCGUAUAAUAAUAACAUUUCACAGAGAGCUGAACAGUAGUGCAAUUUCGAUACUUUAAAAGUCAGAAUCAUGGAACCAGCCCAGUGGAGGAUACAAGCAAAGAAAAUAAAUACCAGGAUCCGUAUGAGCCCUUAUGCAUGUUUACGUAAAACGAGCAAAUUUCAUCACCAAGCCUCAUUUUAGUAUUGUUAAGUUGCGAAGUUUUGCAUAAAUGAAUUCCCAAGGCAGUAGAGUUGAAAGAAUACUCACGCACAAAAAGUGCCAAUUCGAAGAAUGUUGCUUACAAACGAGACUUGUUGGUGAAAGUUGCCGUAUGACGCAACCUGAUAAUUCCGUACUUCAAAAAUAGCUGCUAUGGGUUUCCUUUUUUUACCUUGCAACAAUAUUGUCAUAUGUAACUACUUAAUAGUUCUUAUAAUAAACAGGGGUACAAGAACGCUUGUAGAUAUAAAAAUUUAUCUUUUAGACUUGUAUUCAAAUCGAUUCGAAACUCGACGAUAAAUUCUCCAUGAUCCCCACUUGCGCCCACAUAAUUCCCUCUACAUCUAUAAGUUCAAGCUUAUUUUAGUAUUUUAAAGGAAAAUGUGAAGACAUCUCUACGCGCAAAUAGCAGGGCUAAUUUAAGCGGGCAGAACAAAUAAGAUAGUUUUUUUACAAUAAAUUGUUUAUUAUUUCCGUUGUACUUUCAAUGCCUUUUGUAUGAUGAACAAAAGACUUGUCCUACUUAAAAUAAAGCGCUGAC